UGUCUGAGCCAUGAUCGAGGUGUUGGCCAAGCUGGGCCGCGGGCCGGUCUUCCUGGCCGGGGAGGUGCUGGAGUGCGUGAUCACUUUCACCAACCCGUUAUCGGCCUCAUCUACCUCUGCCAGCAGUGAGAUGCUGGCGUGGGCCAGCGCCCAGAUCCACUGCCAGUUUCACACCAGCGAGAACCGAGUAGCUCUCCCUCCCUCUGACGGCAGCAAGCACGAUGUGCAGGCAGAGAACGAGACAGUCUUCGUCCCCAACAGAGGAGAGCGAGGUCAGUGUAUCCUGUCCACCCCACCAAAGAUCCUCUUCUGUGACUUGCGACUGGAUCCCGGGGAAUCAAAGUCCUACUCGUACUGUGAGACGCUGCCCAUAGAUGGCCCUCCCUCUUUCCGGGGACAGUCGGUGAAGUAUGUGUACAAGCUGACCAUCGGCUGCCAGCGUGUCAACUCCCCCAUCAAGCUCCUGCGCGUUCCCUUCCGUGUCCUCAUGCUGCACGGGCUCAAGGAUUACCAGUUCCCACAGGAUGAGGCCGUUGCGCCCUCAAACCCCUUCCUGGAGGAAGAGGAGGGCUUGAAGAAGGACUCUCGCCUGGCGGACCUGGCGACAGAACUGCUCAUGGUGGCCACCUCCCGACGCAGCCUGCACCUGUAUAACAUCAGCAACACUCGUGGGAAGGUAGGGACGUUCUGCAUCUUUAAGACCGUCUAUAAGAUUGGAGAGGACGUCAUUGGAACCUUUAACUUCUCAGAAGGAGACAUCCCAUGUCUACAGUUCUCGGUGAGCCUGCAGACAGAGGAGAGCAUCCAGGAGGAGUUCCAGCGCCGGCGGGGGCAGCCCGUCUCCUUCAGCACGCACGCCCGACAUCAGGAGGCCUGCCUGCACACAGCCCAGAGUAGCUUCAGCCUACCCAUCCCACUCAGCUCUACCCCAGGAUUCACCACCAACAUUGUGUCCCUGAAGUGGAGGCUGCACUUUGAGUUUGUGACCUCCGGGGAGUCGGCGGGGACUGGGAGCCAGUCGGAGGCCGUCACCUGGACUGGGGUGGAGCAGAUCGAAGUGGACACUUUCAGCUGGGACUUGCCCAUCAAAGUCCUUCCCACCAACCCCAUCCUGGCUUCCUACGUAUCUCAGUUCUCCAGCACCAACUCCAUCACCAUCUGA